AUGAGAGCUAGCGCUAGUGCCUAUACUACCGCACCGUCUAAUCCACCAUCUAUUCAUCAUGAACCAAACUCCAGUGUCUUCAGAAACUCUAUAGAACAUUCACAAAGCCGUACUUCUAGUAACAGCAUAGUUAACACUGUUUCAUCAUUAUCAAAAGAUAGACCUAGUAAUGAGGCAGGACCUAUGGAAUCAUAUGAUGGUCUUAACCUGCAGAACCGUUUGGAAAAUUUUAAACAUUGGAGUGUAACAACAUUCAAAUGUACAAAACAAAUGAUUGAAGAAAAACUUGGAACCGCAAGUGUAACUUGUGAUCAAGAAUUAGAGGAUCGAAUUUCAAUGUUUAGAAAUAUGCAUCAACAGUAUAAAAUAUUGCAUAACCUCGCUGAAAAGUUAGCUAAUAGUUUUCGUGAAACUAUUCAUCAUCAACGUGCAUUUACGAGUCAUAUGACUACUUUAAUUGUACAGCAGCCUGAUUUAAGCAGUGAAUUCACCUAUAAUACAGAAACCCAACGUAUUGUUAUAUCAAAUGGAGAAAAAUUAUUGGCAUCAUUAAACCAUUUUGUUAAUUCUUUGAACACACUGGUUAGUCAUACAUUUGAAGAUACAUGGACCACUGUUUCUAGUAUGCAGUCGGCUCGUAUACAAUAUGAUGCUUAUCGUAACGAAAUGAACCAAACAAAAAGUAAAAAACCUAAUGUUAAUAAUAAUUCUGAUACUGUCACACCCACUACGAUUACAAUGUCAGGGAACUCAUUUGCCACUGACUUGAUUCACGAUAACCAUAAUUUACAAUCACGAUUAGAUGCAGCUUGUGAACGGUAUUCCCAAUUGAGAAAAGCUGUUCUAUGUAAAUUGGAAUUUUUACAAGAAAACAGGUUGCGUGUUAUGCAACACCAACUAGUGCUCUUACAGAAUGCAACAUCAGCAUUCUUCUCUGGAAAUAAUCAACAACUGGAUCAAAUUUUAAACCAGUAUAAAAUCAAAUUGUCAAAUACACAGAAUGGGAUUAGCCAUUAA